UAUACUAUAAAUUUCAUUUGCGGUUUGACAGAAAUCUUGAGUUCGACUUUCUAUCGGCUUCAAAAUCUAUUUAGGACAUUCCUCUACCUAUUGGUUUAAAAUUUUGAUUUUAAUUUAGAUCGUACUAACAUAUGGUGCUAGGGAAUCACCGAGUAUUCUCGAUGUAAAUGGUGGGAGUUAUUGUAUUCCCGAUGUCUGAAGCAUUCAAUUCUGCUUCAUUUCCUCCUGACACCAAUGUUGUAACUACACUUAAAGAAACCACCAGAGACAAAAGCCAUAAAUCUCUGCAACCAUGGGCUUGACACAUACACUAUCAACUUAUUAAUGACUCUGUCAGUGUCACAUACUCCUCCUCAACACAUAAGCCUUUUUUUUGGCCGUUCUUUCUCUGAUUGCCACAUAUUUUCCUCUGCAUCUUCUUUGCCAAAACAUUUUCAAGAUUUGAGGAAGGACUCUGUGCAAAUCUGUUAUGAAGAUCUCUGGCCUGAUGAAGCCUUCUGGAUUCUGGGUUUUGUUGCUGAUGCUUGGGGCAGCUUUCAUCUUCAUUUCUUAUUCUUGCAAAACAUGUGUCCUCAAGUCUACUGAUGUGGCUUCUACGGAAGCUGAAAAAGACACGAUUGUCUCUGUAACAAGCAGAAAACUGAAGUAUCUUGACCACAGUCAAGUGAGUGGCACCAGUAAUGCAGGUUCCAUCAAUCCGCAAGAUUAUGGUCCUGUAGAUCCGGUUCCAAGUUCAAAGGCUUCCAUACAAGCUGGACCAAUUCAGCAUGACACUCCACUUAUGCCUUAUAUCCCUCCUUCUCCACCUGCCCCGUCCAGCCCAUAGCGCCUUUCAGGAAACGCUAAAUCCUAAAAGACUGGUGCCCCGAAGAUCUGCACUUCUGGUCUUGUUGAGCAAUGUUUUGCUAUGUAUGUAUAUAGUUUCCUUUCUCUUUAUGCAGUUAUAUGUAAACUUCAGUACCUACAGCUCCAAUGAUCUAAUAUUUUCUUUUAUCUCCA